AUGGCCACCGUUGCCCGCCCCGUCUCUCCUGGACCCACUCCCAGCAAGAAGGCUGCUGCCGCCCUUGCUUCAUUCACCCUCGAGACACCCACCAAGCUUUCGACAAAACUCAUCGAUGAUGCCAGGCUUCCCCAAUCACCCGAGUCAUUGACCGGCACCGCGGAGGAGGAUCCAUUGUCCAUCCCUCGCAAAUACGUUGGCGAUGUUGACCUGCCAGAGAGCGAAGAGCCUCUCCUCAAGGAGUCGCGUCGGCGCUUCGUUCUCUUCCCUAUCCAAUAUAACGAGAUUUGGCAAAUGUACAAGAAGGCCGAAGCUUCUUUCUGGACGGCUGAGGAGAUGGACCUCUCCAAGGAUGUCCAUGAUUGGAACAACCGCCUCAACGAUAACGAGCGCCACUUCAUCUCUCACGUCCUCGCCUUCUUCGCCGCUUCCGACGGCAUUGUCAACGAAAAUCUCCUCGAACGUUUCUCCAAUGAGGUCCAGGCCGCCGAGGCCCGCUGCUUCUACGGUUUCCAAAUCAUGAUGGAGAACAUCCACUCCGAGACCUACUCCCUCCUCAUCGACACGUAUAUCAAGGACCCUGCCCAGCGCGACUACCUCUUCGACGCCAUCGAAACCGUUCCAUGUAUCAAGCGCAAGGCCGAGUGGGCCCUCCGCUGGAUCUCUGACAAGCACUCGAUAUUCGCUGAACGUCUUGUCGCCUUCGCCGCCGUCGAGGGUAUUUUCUUCUCGGGCUCCUUCGCGUCUAUCUUCUGGCUGAAGAAGCGCGGUCUUAUGCCCGGCCUCACCUUCUCCAACGAGCUCAUCAGUCGCGACGAGGGUAUGCACACCGACUUUGCUUGCCUCUUGUUCAGUCAUAUGAAGCGCCGGCCCCACCCCGACACGGUCAAGAUGAUCAUUACUGAGGCUGUCACCAUCGAGCAGGAGUUCCUGACAGAUGCCCUGCCCGUCAAACUCAUCGGCAUGAACGCCGAGCUCAUGUGCCAAUACAUCGAGUUCGUCGCUGACCGCCUUCUCGUCGCGCUGGGCAAUGAGAAGGUGUACAAUAAGUCGAAUCCCUUCGACUUCAUGGACAUGAUCUCGCUACAAGGCAAGACCAACUUCUUCGAGAAGCGCGUAUCGGACUACUCCAAGGCUGGCAUCAACCACUCGUCGUCAACAAUGGAGUCGACGUCAAAUUCCUCGAAGAGCUUUGUCCUCGACGAAGACUUCUGA